AUGGAGACGGGCGUGAUCUUCUAUGAGUUCGAGGACCCUUACGUCUACGAGGAUCCAGUACAUCACAGUUAUUUCAUCAUGGGAUUGGAGCCUCGUAUUAGACGAUACGCGUUACCUGAUCGAGCCUUUCAACAUCCUCUGUCUAGCCCGCAUUUUGACCCUGAUGCUCCUUACGACUUUCCCUUAUCCUGGUUACAUCCUGACGCACCUGUACAUCCUUUUCCUGAUGACCCCGAGCACCCUAUACCAGCUCAACCUUUGAAUGAGGUGGAACCUGAGCCUAUCAUUCCUGAUGAGCCCGAGUUAGCUGGUGACUACGUACCUGUGAUACCACCAGAGUGGGACCUUCCUCCUGAGCCGAUCCCUGACUUUCCACAGCCUGAUGAGCCGGCACUACCGGAUGAUGGGGUAGCUCCUAUAUACGCGAACGGACCUCUGCUCGCGAACGGACCUGUGCUCGCGAAUGGUUUUGUACAUAGUGACAGCAGUGUUUCUGGUGGAUCUGAGGGUACAGUUGUAGCUGCGGAUGAUGAGGAGGAGGAGGAGGAUCCUGAGAUAGGGAUAGAGCAGGAUGAGGAGAUGGACGAGCCUCACGGCGAUUCUCCGAACGGCCACGAGUAG